ACGCUAGCCGGCACUGCGGACGUGAGCGGCGUCGGGCUCCACAGCGGCCGCUUCGUGCGCGUGAGGCUCGGACCGGGCUUUCCUGGAGGCGGCGUCACGUUUGUGCGGACGGAUCUGCCCGGGACGAGAGUGCGCGCCUCGCCGGCGGACGUCUCUGGGACCGAGCUGAGCACCGAGCUCGGCGGCGGCGGCGGCGGCGGCGGCGGCGUUCGCACCGUCGAGCACCUGCUCGCCGCGCUUUGCGGCGCCGGCGUCUCCUCCUGCACUGUCGCACUCGAUGCGCAAGAGCUGCCCAUCCUCGACGGCUCGUCGGCGCCGUGGCUAAAACUGAUCCGCGCGGCGGGACUCGCGCCGACCGCGUCGGCGCCAGAGGCGCUCGCGCCGCGCGCGCCCGUCUGGGCCGCCCACGGCGACGCGUGGGUCGUCGCCAUGCCCGCCGCCGCGCCACGGCUGACGUACACGAUCGACUUUGGCGCCUUCGCGCCCAUCGGGCGGCAGAGCUUCUCCUUCUGCGGCGCGCUGCCUGCGCGGCGCUCGACUGCGGCGAUCGACCGUUUCGAGGCGGAGCUCGCUCCCGCUCGCACGUUUGCGACGACGCAGGGCGCGCGUGCGGCCGGCUUGGCCCUCGGGGGCUCGCUCGAGAACGCCCUCGUGUGCGACGAGCGGCGGUGGCUCAACGCGGAGGGGCUCCGCUUCCCGGACGAGCCCGCGCGCCACAAGACGCUCGACCUGCUCGGAGAUCUGGCGCUGCUCGGCGAGCUGCCGCUCGCGCACGUGGUGGCGCACAAGGCGUCGCACCGCCUGCACGUGGCGCUGGCGCGCGCGCUC